AUGGGGGUAUCGUUGACAGACGUACAUGCUGAUCUGAUAGCAGGAUUCACCAAGAAACAAGAGAGAGAGGUCAACGGAUGGACUCUAGGAUGUCCACUCCAAUCCAGACGAGUAUUUGGAGUGUUACUUUAUCGAUGGUAUCUGGGAGUACCCGGUGAGGAUGAUGGUAUGCGAGAAAUGAGUCCGUGGCCGGUUCAUACAGUUCGCCCAGCAAUCCUACCCAGAUCAGAUGGCAUUUACUUCAUACCCGGAAUCCACGAGCAACCGUAA